CACACUCGCUCUGCCUGCCUCUUUUGUUGUUCUGAUCAUUCACAGAAUACACACAUAAAGAUUCACCCACCCAAACCCUCAGGUCUCUCUCAUUCUUCAAAGGGACCCUGCAAUUCCUGAAACCCUAGAAAUCUCUCUCCGCCUUGCUCUCUCCGCUUCACGCCAUUCUCGUAAUCUGCAAGUGUUGGCUUGCAGAUAGCUUAUUACGUUUUCUCUGAAUUCAAUCUCAAAUUUAUUCCUGCAACUAUUCGAUUCGUUGAUGAUGGCCCACGGAAAAGUCAGUCUCCCUCAAGAUCUCCUCCCAUCUCCGGCGAUCUUCUCCUCCUCCGCCAAACCAGAUGAAGCCUUGGAGGGAAAUGCUGGGGAUAAGCCUCUAACAGGGUCGCUUGAUGAGUCAAAAGAUCACUUGGCAUCUGAGAACAGCAUACCUUUGUCUCCUCAAUGGCUGCAUUCCAAAUCAGUUGAGGCUAAGCCACUCUCAAGUGGACAUUCGGGGGAAGUCCAUGCACCAGGGUCCUUAGCUCUUGGUAACUCUUCCGAUUCCAAUACGAGAGAUGUUUGGCGUUCCGAUGGUUCUCGGGACAGAAAGGAUUGGAGGAGGAAUGCACCUGAUUUAGAUGGUAACCGUCGUUGGCGUGAGGAGGAGAGAGAAACUGGCUUACUUGGUAGGAGGGAUCGCAAAAAAGAAGAUCGCCGUGUAGGAGUCAGUAGUAGGGAUAUUACUGAAAAUAGAGCAGAAGAUCACCGAGUAGGUGGCCCUUCUACUAGGGAUGUUCCUGAGAAUAAAAUUAUGUCUUCUGACCGCUGGCAUGAAUCACGGAGAGACAACAAAUGGUCAUCAAGGUGGGGCCCUGAAGAUAAAGACAAGGAUUCUCGAAUAGAGAAAACAGAUCUUGAGAGAGAAGAUGCUCAUGUUGACAAGCAGUCUCUUGUCAGUAGCAAUCGUGCAAAUCCUGAACGUGAUGGUGAUUCUCGUGAUAAGUGGAGACCACGCCAUCGCAUGGAGGUUCAGUCUGGGGGGCCAGUGCCAUACCGUGCUGCACCAGGAUUUGGGAUGGCCAGAGGACAGGUGGAGAAAGUAGGAUUUGCUUCUGGACGAGGGAGGUCCCAAACUAGUGGUAGCGCACAGAUUGGGAGACCUUCCUACAUAUCCACUAUUGGGUCUGUUCCGGAUCAAAAUCAAAAUGUGUUGGGAAAAGCUGGCCCCCUUACUGAGAAGUUCCGUUACCCCAGGGGAAAGCUCCUUGAUAUUUAUCGUAAGCAAAAGACGGAAUCAGCUUUUGAUAUCGUGCCUGAAGGCAUGGAGCAUGUCUCUCCAAUAACCCAAGUAGGCUAUAUUGAGCCAUUGGCUUUUGUUGCACCUCAUGCAGAGGAAGAGGCUGGUAUUGAAGAUAUAUGGAUGGGAAGAAUCACCAGCAGUGAAGUAUUACCAUCCAGAGAAAAUAAUGUGUUAAAUGAUGAUGGUAAAGGAAAUACUAAUGCCUCCUUAAGAAAGGAGGUAGAUAGAAAGAUCUUACUGCAGUCUGAAGAAAAUGCUCUAUCUACUGGAGAGGCCAUUUUGAACAGUUCCUUUUCAGUUAUCAAUGUUGAGGGCUCAACUAUUUGUGGCUUGGGCACACUAUCUUUAAAUGAACGGGUUGAAGGUGCGCAGAGAUAUCCUAUUGGCACAGCAGGCACUGAUAGAUCUAAUAAGAAUUAUGAUCGCAGAAGUGCUGGGGAGAUUGACAGCCUUAGUGAUAGUGCUGCUGAAGUAAGAAUUCCUGGAUGCCAGGAUGUGAAAGAUUUUGGCCUCCCAAAGCAUUCUAUGUCAGAAAAUGAACCAGCUACUAUUGUGAUUGAUAGCCAGCUUCCUGAUUCCAGUUCACCUUUUCAUAUUCCAUCUCUACAGCAAGCCCCGAGUACUGAUCUAUAUGUCAGGAGCAAUGAGAAGGCAGAUUCAGAAAUAGUUGUCUCAUUUGAAGAUUUAAGUUUAUGCUAUCUUGAUCCUCAAGGAAACGUCCAGGGACCUUUCCUGGGGAUUGACAUACUUCAAUGGUUUGAGCAAGGCUUUUUUGGAUCUGACUUAUUACUGCGCUUGACUGAUGCCCCUGAUGGUUCUCCAUUUCAAGAACUUGGUGAAUUAAUGCCAAAUUUGAAAACUCAAUCUGGAUUGAUCUCUAACUCCAAUUUGCAUACCAGAGAAUCGUUUGAUGGUGUUGGAAGCAUCGUGGAAGAGAGAAAAAUGGCUCCUCACUUUGAGGAUUCUACCAAUAUAAAUAUUCAACAUUGGACUUCAUCUGGACUUGAACCUACCUCUAGUGAUGAUUUGCACUUCAGAGUAUCCAAUUAUGGUUACAACUCUGAACUCCAGUACCUUGAUAAUCAAAGAUUUCAAAAUUAUGUUGAAGAAGAUGAGGAAAUAGUUUUUCCUGGGAGGCCUAAAAGUAGCAGUGGCUUUCCUCUGAGGAGACCUUCAGCUGAUAUUCAGGGCUCUUUUUCAAAUUCCCAUAGCCUCCCUUCCCUCACGGAUGAAGUUUCUGAAAGCAUCCUGCCUAAUCGCCAGGAUGAUAAGUUACACCCUUUUGGCCUGUUGAUGUCUGAGCUCAGAGGCAGCUCUCAUCUAAGACCUGCUCAAGCUUCCAAUGUGUCUUUAGGCAUGGAUGAUCAGGCGCAGUUUAGAGAUACCUUGUUUGAGGGAAAUAUCCCCAAACUUAAUUGGUUGAAUGAUCCUAAUAUCCCGAUGCAUCAAGUAGUGCCUGAUAUGGAACAUUUAAUAGAACUACAGCGUCAAGAGCAGGAACAUCGACUGUUGGAACUUCAACAACAACGCCAGCUGGAAUUUCAGCGUCAGCAGCAGCACGAGUUGGAAUUUCAACAGCAGCGGCAAUUGGAACUCCAGCAACAGCGUCAGUUAGAGCUACAGCAGCAGCGUCAGUUGGAGCUGCAGCUGCAGCGCCAGUUGGAAAUACAGCAACAUCGCCAGUUUGAGUUGCAGCAACAACGCCAGUUGGAGCUACAGCAACAACGACAAUUGGAGCUUCAGCAACAGCAACACCAUUUGGAGCUUCAAGAACAACAGCAGCGGAAGAUGGAGCUUCAGCGUCUUCAACAACAGCGGCAGUUGGAGUUUCAGCAGCAGCAGCAGCGUCAAUUGGAGCUUCAGCAACAGCAUCAUCACUUAGAGCUUCAGCAACAGAAACAGCAACAUCAGUUGGAGCUUCAGCCUCAGCACCAUUUGGAGCAGCACCUUCGUCAACAACAGCUGCAAAAGUUGCAGCAGCAACAGCAGUCCCAAGCUGAACAAUUGCUCCUUGAACAGUUAUUGAGUCGGCAGAUGUCUGAUAGUUAUGGGCAGUGGAAGAUGGAUGCGACACUAGCCAACCUUCACGAUCAGUUACAUUCUAGUAACCACCUCUCAAAUGAUCUGCAUCAUGUAAGUCGUUCACCAAGGCAAGAUCCCUCACUUGAUCAGAUCAUCCAAGCAUCUAUGCGUGAGGGUGCGCUCCCUGGACAGACUGAUUUUCUUGACCUCAUAUCUCAGGCCAAGCAAGGGAAUAGGAACACUUUGGAGCUGCCACUCCGUCUUAAUGAACAAGAGUUGCAGGCACAAAAAAUAUCAAUGGCAUUGAGAGAGCAGCAGCAGAUAGAAGGGGAAAGGCGUAUUGGUGGGCCUUGGUUUGCAGAUGAAGCAGGUCCUUUUAUGAGGGAUCCUGCUGGGCAUCACCAGGCUCACAUGUUGGGACAUAAUUCUUCAGAAAAUUACCAGCUACAGCAGAGAUUUCCAUCCAAUGAGCAGGAACUAAGCCAUCGCAAUUGGAAUCGUGCCUCUCAGGAGAGACCUGAGGGAGGUUUCUAUGAACUCAACCCUACGGAAUUUGAUAGGUUCACUGUUCCUGCUGGUUCUCACGGGAUGAACUUGGAUAUUGCAAACACACGUGGACAAGAUCGAGAUGUGAGGGAACAAUAUCGUUUUAAUUCCUCUAUUGAUGAGCGCGGAUCUUUAUCUUCUGGGGUAUCCUCUCACCAUCAAUUGGUUUCUGAUGAGUUCUAUGCUUCUCAUCAAAGCUUGCCAUCUGGGAACAAUGGACCGCUAGAAAGUAGCUGCACUGAAGCUGUGAUGCCUUAUUUGCGUCGUGAUGCUGAGCAAAACCGACGAGACACGGAAGCCACUGAUGUUUUUUCUACUUCAAAUAGAUGGGCUUCAAAUAGCAGUGAUAAGGAACAGUCCAAGCAAAUUUUGAUCGACAUGCAUCAAAAACUUGGUCAUCAGCCUACGCAGUCAUCAGAAUUUGAUUAUCAGCAUCACCUAUCCUCUUCCAGAAGUCAGGGCUCUGUACAUCUUCCUUAUAAUGUUCUUCCAGAUCAGUCAGUUGGUUUGAACAACUCCUUCACAGAACAGUUGGGUAGUUAUGGUAUGAACGAGCAACCAACUAAUCUAGCAAGACGAUCUGAUCCUAGGGCAUACAUGGACGCUCAGUUCUUUUCAGGAAACAUGGAUACUCCUUAUGAAGGCAACAUGGCAGAGCAACAAGACACGGCCGUUGGUAGUGGGGAACUACCUAGUAAUACCCAUAGCAGGCAUAGCUCACUGAGCAGUGCUGGUGGAUGUGGGGGUUUUCACAUCUCUGAGAUGGGAGUGGAUAAAUCUCUUGGAGAAGAUGCUUCUGAUGGGAGGCUGCCUUCUACUACAACCAAAGGGUUUGAUAGUGCUACACCAAGACGACGCAUCUCAUCAUCCCAGGAUGUUUUGUCUGAUACUGCAGUCUCUCUACCUGUUAAGCCAAGAAGCUCAAUAAGCCUCAGAACUUCUGAAGGAAAUGCUGCCACAAUGGUCUCUGAAUCUCCGGCAUCUAGGCCAAAUCAGGCACAGUUCAGGAGGGCUUCAUCUUAUACUGAUGCUGGUGUCUCUGAGACAUCAUUUAUGGAUGUCCUUAAGAAACCAGUUAUUCCAGAGGCUGAUAACAGGGGUGCGAUGGAGUCAUCUGAUGGAGGUGGUCAAUUGGGGCGAACUAGCAAGAAGAAAGGCAAGAAAGGAAGGCAGAUCGAUCCUGCUCUACUUGGUUUUAAGGUAUCCAGCAACCGGAUCAUGAAGGGUGAGAUUUAUCGCCUGGAUGAUUGAUGUAACGGAGCCCUGCGUGGUGGGAGACAAGCCAGAUUGGCACAUGUAUAAACACUAUAAAUCUUUUCAGGUGUAAAGAAUGCACAGCUAACUUGAGAUGUGGAUAACUACUUUUUCAUUUAGUUUUCCAGCUUUCUCCAUCAAAGGUAGAUAUGCAGGUUUAAGCUGGUAUAUAUAUGGGUAUAAACAAGGAGGGUGUCAAAUUUUGUAAGAGAAGCAUAGCAAUAGAA